AUGAUUCAACGUAGUACUAUCAUAAUCCUUUUGGCUGCGUCUGUUUCUGCAUUCGAUUUUACGGAUAUCCAGAAAGAAUAUGGAAUUAGGCGUACUGUGCAGGUAUAUACGAAGAUAAUCGCCGCUCUCAAAGCGAAAUCGACUAAACAUGGAGACGGACUUGAAAAAAUUAACACUAUGGUGAAAACGAAGAUUGGACUUGGACCUGAAGAAGACCGCACUUGGACCUGA